CAUUCAGCAGGAUUUUCAAGAGUGAUCUUUCCAAAGUCAUGCGCAGAUUUCAAGAAUUCUAACCCAAAAGCUUUGAGCGGUAGAUAUGUAAUCGACCCAGACGGUGAGAAGGCUCUGUCUCCAUUUACAGUUUACUGUGACAUGACCGACGAGAAUGGUGUUGGCGUGACAAUCAUCAGUCACGACAGUGAAAACAGGACAUUGGUGAAUGAUUAUGAAGAUCCGGGCAGCUACUCACGUGACAUCCAUUACACAGGAGCGAGUCUGUCUCAGCUGGCGAGUCUCACUAAUGUCUCAUCUCACUGUGAGCAGUUUAUCAAGUAUGAGUGUCACCAUUCUUUGAUGCUUAAAGAAUCAACUGCUUGGUGGGUGUCACGUGAUUCCACUAACAUGACCUACUGGGGCGGAGCUAAGCCAGGAAGUAAUGAGUGCGCAUGCGGGGCGAACCAGACAUGUGCAGAUCCACGAUAUGGCUGUAACUGCGAUAAAAAUGACUAUGUAUGGCGUGAAGACAGCGGUCUCCUCACUGACAAAACACAUCUACCGGUUAAACAGCUGAGGUUUGGUGAUACUGGAAGUCAGGAAGAAAUAGGGUAUCAUACCUUGGGCAAGUUUAAGUGUCGUUGA